UUCAGUUGCGAGCAGUGCGAGAUGGCGAGCGGUACCCCAGAAAUUCAGUACUACGACCACGAGCUCAACAUCCGCCGGGUGAUCGAGCAGUCAGAUCUGCAGGGUCUGGACCAGGCCCUCAACAUCUGCGAUCUGUCCAGUGUGGAGAGGAAGCACUGUCUUUGGCAGGAGCUCCUGCCCAGGAUAAAGCCCUACUACGCCGUCAAGUGCAAUGACGAUCCGGUGGUGGUCAAGCUCUUGGCUGAGCUGGGAGCCGGAUUCGACUGCGCCUCCAAAAACGAGCUUAAGCUGGUCUUAGGCUUUGAUGUCUCUCCGGAUCGUAUUAUCUUUGCCAAUCCCUGUCGACCUGUCAGCCAUCUGGAGUACGCCAAGGAUAACAAGGUUGCUAAUGGCACCGUGGACAAUGAAUUUGAGGUGUACAAGCUGCACACGCACUAUUCCAACUCAAACCUUAUCGUGAGAUUCAAGAGCGAGGCCAAGGAGGCGCAGUGCCCACUGGGCGAUAAAUUUGGCUGCAAUGCGGAUGUGGAUGCAGCGGCCCUAAUGCUGCUGGCCAAAUCCUUGGACCUUAAGGUAACCGGCACCAGUUUCCACGUGGGCUCCGGAUGCAGCGAGCUGGAGGCCUACGAUCGGGCCAUCAAGAAGGCAAAGAACCUCUUUAAGUUCGGCGAGCUGCUGGGCUAUGACAUGGAUUUUUUGGACAUAGGCGGCGGUUUUCCCGGCAGCGAUGAUGGAAAGUUUAAAAAGAUAGCCGAGAGUGUUAACACCUCGGUACAGCGCCAUUUUCCCGACGAGCGUGUCCAAAUAAUUGCCGAGCCAGGACGUUUCUUUGUGGCGGCUGCUUAUACACUGGUCUGCAAGAUCCAUGCAAAGCGGGAGAUUCGCGACGAAGCUGGGAAGCUGGACACCGUGAUGUACUACCUAAAUGAUGGUGUAUACGGAUCCUUUAACUGCAUUCUGUACGACCAUCAAGUUGUGACUGCUGAGCAUUAUCUGGAUGGAGCAGACUCCUUGCCUCAUUUGAAGUCUCUGAUUUGGGGACCCAGUUGUGAUGCUUUUGAUAAGAUAUCGGAAGACCUGCUGUUGCCCAACUUGAACAGAGGCGAUCUUUUAGGAUUUCGCAACAUGGGAGCCUACACAAUGCCUAUUGCUAGUCCAUUUAAUGGAUUCGAUGUCCCCAAGACCGUGUAUUUCCGUGCGAUAUGACUAAACGGCUUAGCAAUAAAAUCAACACUGUCUGGAAUUUUUA